CGUCACAUCUGGGACGGAAGUGAGUGGGCCACUUCCUUUCCUGGUCCCGCCCUCCCAGGAGGGGAGUCCGUGAGACUACACUUCCCAGAUGCCUUUGCGCGGGGGCAGAGGCGGCAGGGAUGCGAUGGCGGAGGCGCUGCCCCCAGAGAUGCUCACAUAUAUUCUGAGCUUCCUGCCUCUGCCAGAUCAGAAAGAGGCCUCCCUCGUGAGUCGGGCUUGGUACUAUGCAGCCCAGAAUGCCCUUCGGGAGAUAAACGUGCGGUACAAUAUUCCUGUGUCCUCGGCCUCUCUCCCAAUCAUCAAGAGCCUGGGCCUCAGGGGCGCCUCCAGCAUCAGCCUGACCAACCUGGAUGGCUCCCCAGCUUCACACCAGGUGCUGCAGUCCAUUGCCUACCACCUAGGCCCCCACCUGCAGAGCUUGAGUCUCAGUGGGGGCAGCCCCACCGAGGCCUCCUUUGUGGCCCUGAUCCUGGGCUGUCCUGUCCUGCGUAGCCUUGACCUCAGCGGCUGCAACAGCCUCUUUGCGUCGGGCACACUGCUAGCUCAACCCGAAACAGCACGGCAGGCCCAGCAGGCACUGAGCGGCCUCCGCGAGCUCAACCUGGCUGGCCUGCGAGACCUGGCCGACCUCAGCUUCAACAGGCUAAGCAGCUGCGCCCCCAGCCUUGAGCGCCUCUCCUUGGCCUACUGUCACCUCACCUUCGAGCAAGGCCCAGCCUGGGGCUUCAUCAACCCCCAGGACUCCUCCCCAUCCCAGCUUUCCUUCCACAACCUGCUGCGAUUCGUGGAGGAGCGGGCUGCUAGGCUGCGCGCCCUGGACCUGAGUGGCACUGGUUUGCCCCCUGAUGCUCUGCAGGCCCUGGGCCAGGUGCCCGGGCUCCAUCUGCAGGAGCUGAGCCUGCACAGCUGCCGGGACCUCUCCACAGAGGCUGUGGCUGUCCUUUGCUGCCAGCAACCAGGCCUUACCUCCCUGGACCUCAGCGGCUGCUCCGAAUUGGCUGACAGGGCACUGCUGGCUGUGAGCCGGGGCCUGCGGCACCUGCAGCGCCUGAGCCUAAGGAAGCUGCAGCGCCUGACGGAUGCCGGAUGCACAGCCCUCGGGGGCCUGCGGGAGCUGAAGAGCCUGGACAUGGCCGAGUGCUGCCUAGUGAGCGGGCGGGCAUUGGCCCAGGCGCUGGGCUCAGUGCGCAGAGCUCCACCCCCACUGGCCUUUCUCAGCCUGGCCUACUGCUCCUCACUCAAGGACACCUCAGUGCUCUCCCUGAUCCCCGCGCUGGGACCGAGUCUCAGAGUGCUAGAUUUAUCCUCUUGUGUGGCCCUCACCAACCGGACCCUGCAGGCCAUCUGCACCUACCUCACUCCCCUCUCAGUCCUGCGCCUGGCCUGGUGCAAGGAGCUUCGUGACUGGGGGCUUCUGGGGCUAGGGGAGCCACCUGAGGAGCCAGCGCAGAAAGCCCAGCCACGCCGAGAGCUGGAGCAGCAGGCCUCAGACCCUGUGGACCCUUCUCCCCAGCCACAGGGCCCUUCCCUGCUCAUGCUGCAGGCCCUGCAGGAGUUGGACCUCACAGCCUGCAGCAAGCUGACUGAUGCCAGUUUGGCACAGGUGCUCCACUUCCCCCAGCUGAGACAGUUGUCACUGAGCCUGUUGCCAGCACUCACAGAUAAGGGCCUGGUGGCUGCAGCCAGGGGCUGCCCUAGCCUGGAGCGCCUGGCGCUGAGUCACUGCAGCCUCCUCAGUGAUGAGGGCUGGGCCCAGGCAGCCAGCUGCUGGCCGAGGCUGCAACACCUCAACCUGUCCAGCUGCAGUCGGCUCACAGAGCAAACACUGGAUACCAUUGGGCAGGCGUGCAAGCAGAUCCAGAGGUUAGAUGUCGCAAUGUGCCCUGGUAUUAGCAUGGCUGCCGUCAGGCGAUUCCAGGCCCAACUGCCCCAGGUGAUCUGCAUCCAGUCCCGCUUCGUGGGAGGGGCUGACCUGACCCUGACACUCUGAGGCCAGGUCAGUAAGCAGCCCGGUUGUUCGGACUCAUGUCCCUAGCCCUGGCUUCUUGACCUGGAGUUUGAGUCGCUGCUUCCUGUUUCCCUCUGCUACAGACCCCAGGGCCCCUUCCCUAAGCUACAAACACCUUUGCAAGGACUGGAGGUGGUGCUGAUCCAGGGCAGCCUGGGGUGCUUCCUACCCGUCUGCCCCACAGCC